GACUAUGUGAGUGAUCGGGCGAUGAAUUGGUGUGCAUGCAGCGGCGACCAUGACAUGGACAUGAACUUCGUGGGCACCCAGGAGUGGAUCCGAUCGAUCGGCUACCCCAUCGUCAGCGACUGGAGGCCGUGGUUCGCCAACCGGCAGGUCGCAGGGUUCACAAGGACUUACGCCCACAACCUCACUUUCGCCACGGUUAAGGGAGGAGGGCACACAGCUCCGGAGUACAGGCCCAAGGAGUGCCAGGCCAUGUUGGAUAGAUGGACCUCAGCAGCAGGACAGCUCUGAUGAUCGAGCUGCCAUGGCACGGGGGGUCUUGGGAAUAAUCAACACAGUGUAUACAGUAGUGGGCGUCCUUAACUUUCAUCUCAUUGUCAAAGAUGUAAUAAGAUUAAAACGGGCUCAAAUUCAUUGGGACAGGCGCAGCAAUAGGAUCGGGCCGGGGCAGCUUAUAUUUAACUAUAGAGAGGAUGAGCUAUUAGCUCACUGUACUACUUGCACUACCGGAAAACUCAUCAUUGCCGAGUGCUUCAUUGUUUGCCGAGUGACAAUUAUCAAAAUUAAUGGUGCACUUUGCAUA